AUGGAUCAGGGAACCACCUUGCGACAUUUCGCCAAGACGGUGGUGAAUCUUAGCAGUGGUUUACUCUUAGCUAGGCUUCCGAUUCCGAGAAGUCGGAAUGUCGGAUGUGUCGAACUCCUUCUCAGCUUGGGAGACCCUGCCGGAGGACGAACCUCCGCUGUGCACCACACCCGCCGCCUUGUACCGAUUACAGUGGAGGAAACAAAUCGACGAUGUACAAGCAGAAUUGAGCUCUCGCCAUUAACAUCAGUGAGAUCAGCUCUUAUAUCCUAUCUUUUGAGCUCUGCAGAGAUUAACAAUGCAGGAGAGAUUCCUAUACAAAAUCACCAAGAAAUCUACGUGAAAGCUCAAGUUCUGAAGUCCUUAGACCUCAAUGUUCAUAACGAUACAGAAGGGAUACUGAGAUGCUGCGGCCGUCUCGACAAUGUGGAGAUACCUGAAGAGGCAAAGUAUCCUAUAUUCAUUUUGCAAAAGACAACUUUUGCAGUAAUCACCAUCCAGGAUUUCCACCAGAAGCGUCAUCCAGGGAUAAGCCAUACAGUGGCACUGGUUCAUCAGCACAUCUGCAUACCACAGCUUCUCUCUAGUGACGCGAAUUCUUCGUCAAUGCUUCCUUUGCCAAAAAUUCAACAACAUCCCAUAUCAAUAUCCAAUAUCCCUUAA